UUCACUCGCUCCUCGGUGUUAUAUCAAACGGUCCAUGCCACCGGCCUUGACGCACCGUGCGCGCAUCGCCGGCGUCGAUCGCGUGGUGUGCCAUUGCCAAAAAAGGGAUUACAACUCAUAAUAAAUAACCCACAACGUAAACAAAGUUAUUAACAAGUUAAUCAUUAACGUGAUAUGUUCAUUGAAACUUACAUUUAUUUAUUAUUUUCGUCGUUGGUUAACUCGGCAUUCGGUGGUGCGCAGCAGUGUUACACGCAUAGCUUUCAUUUUAAUUUACCUUUUUUCUUCUCGACUCCUUCAAAAUACAGCGAAGCACGUUUCGUGGGAAAUUGUCGUGGGGCUCAUGUGAAUUGUUGAAUCGACGACGUUUGUGAAGACUACGGGCUCGGGCUCAUGAAGACUACGUACACGAUGUGGUAAUUUCUCGGAGUUAUUUAUUCGUUUUGCCAUCGGAGUGUGGAUUUUUCUUGGUAUUCCGGGAAAUUGGGGGGAGGGGGACCGAGGGGGAAUUUACGGUGUGAGACUCUUGAACUGUUUUGUUGUUACUUGGGUGAAGAAGGAGAGACGGAAGGAUUAUCAUGGAAAAUAGAUGAACGACUGAGUGAUGUUGAAAACGCGUGUUGCUUGUCCCCUCGACGGAUAUACCCAGACACUCUUCAUGGCUUUCUGUGAUGACUUUGGAACUCCCCCUCUUCUUUACCAAAGCACUCAGCUUGUUUCGUUGAUGAUGGAGUGAAGGAGUCGAGGAAAUCGAUGAGUGGGGGAUUAACCGAUGAGAUAAUACAAAACAUCAAAUUCGUCGUGGACUUCCGAAACAGUGACGGCUUUUUUUUUCGUGCAGUUGAGGUCAACGCGAAAAUUACUCGCUGAUGCACUUGAUUGUGAUACUGGAGUUUGACGAAUGAAGUGCUGUAAUACUAAAAUGACUCGUGCGUGAAUAAAACAUAUCAAUAUAUUGGACGAUUGUUACGUGAUUAGCCUGAGGUGCUUUGUUGACAUCGAUGAUCGGUCGGUUAACUACAGGAGAAUAAUCAACGAAUUGUUCUCCCGAUUUUACGUUUGUGGUGUUGAUUAUCGGGGUGUGUUAUUAAAAGCUUGGAAAAAUUAAUUCUCCACGGGAAAAUGAAGAGAUCCUCUUCUUUCUUCAUCUUAAGAGUGAUAGCGGGCUAGUGGAUACCGAUUCUGGUCGAGUUGGCAGCAUGACAGCCAUUAAUUCCGGGCCGGUCGGUGAAGUUGGUGGUGUGAGACUACCACUGCAGUCGUUGCAUGGAUACGGAUCAGUGUUUAUGUAUUCGGCUUCAACAAGUCCUGGCGGUGGCAAUGGUCAAAGCGGCGGAGGCGGAGGUGAAGUCACUCUCCGCCUCCGCGAACCCGAGGACAUACCAGAAGAAGUUUUAGCACGACUCGAGGACACCGCUACGCUUUCAAUAUCACUGCAAGGUGAUGCUGUUCUGAGGCUUGGCUCUGCUAGUACGGGAAACGGCAAUUUGGAACUGUUUGAUAGUGAAAGCGGACCAGACCUUACACUAUCGCCUCAGACAUUUACGUCAACUGCGGAAGCCUUUAUCAACGACAAUAGUGACAGUCUUGGGGUGCCCGGUGACAACGACAUGGGAAGCAGUGAAGAGUCGAGAACAGGGCCUGGUGAUCCCGGAAAACUCGGGGUAAAGAAAUCAAGGCCGAAAGCUUCCUCACCCAAUCGUCAAGGACCUCAGCAGUGUCAGGUGUGCGGUAAAGUGUUCAACAAUGCCUCAGCACUGACAAAGCACAAGCUGACGCACAGUGACGAGCGGAAGUACGUUUGCGGGAUAUGCGGCAAGGCGUUCAAGCGGCAGGACCACUUAAACGGCCACAUGCUCACCCACAGAAACAAAAAGCCAUUCGAAUGCAAAGCCGAGGGAUGUGGAAAGUCUUACUGUGAUGCACGUAGUCUGCGGAGACAUACGGAGAAUCAUCAUGCUGGAAGUAAAGUUAAUGAGAGUGUAAGUCCAAGUAGCCCAACAACGGGGCCACAUACGCCCAACACACCCGGCAGUAAUCCAAGUACGCCAAGUACACCUGGAGCACCAACCACCCAAAAUGGUCACGGACACACAGCGCUUAAACAACUUUUAGCGAGUGAACCUACACAGGGGUCGGGGCACAAGAAUUCAUCACCACCGGGAGGCACUAAUGAUAGCUUAACAAAGCACCAAAUCGAACUCAUUCAACAAAUAAUGCAACAGACGCAGCAACAGCAGCAGCCAGCUAAUUCUCAACAAUCGUCAACAACCAGUGGUGCUGGAAUUUCUACGCAAACAAAAAACGGAAAACCAUCAAGUAAAUCCGCUCAUUCACCAAAUGGUAAUUCAACGUCCGGCAAUCCUGGUUCGACAAAUACCACAAAUUCUAGUUCGAAGGCCAAGAUUUGGAAUCAAAACCAGCAACAACAGCAGCAAGCGCAAGGACAACAGAACUCCCAACAAUCUCAACAUGCUCAGUCAACACAGCAAGGACAGGCAAGCUCACCAAACAGUUGUAAUGCUGGCAAAGCAAGCCCAUCACCCACCAAUUCUUCAUCACCUGGAGUCACUCCUAACAACAACAAAACUACCACUGAAGCCAAAUUGGUUGAGUGCAGUUUGUGUCGUCGGCAGUUUAAAAAUAUACCAGCCCUCAAUGGUCAUAUGAGACUCCAUGGCGGCUACUUCAAAAAGGAUGGCGAAAAUAGGAAGAGCGAGAAAAAGGAAACACCUGGACCACCGCUGCAGACAGCUUCCGUUAAUGUUCGGGCGCUCAUUGAGGAGAAGAUCAUUCAGAAGAGAACGACCGCAACAGAGGCGAAUGCAGCGAAUCAGUCGAGAGCGAAUCUCUCAGUGUUUACAGGGCAGGCGGAUAAUGCAACCCAUGUCAUUGGAAAAUCGAGUUUUGCUGUACCAGCACCGCCGCCAUUGGCCGCUAGUGAAAAAAUUCGAAGGUUAUCAGACAGUGAGCAUUUUCGCCAGCCAAAUGUCACAGUUACACAUACAACUGUUCAAAAACAACUGCAGGAGGCGCAGACUCAAGCCCAGGCACAAGCCCUCGCUGACAUGAUUCUAAAGGGUACCUCGAAAAUGGCAGUGAAACGAACAACUUCUGAUCCUGGCCAACGAGUUCAACUGGCUUAUCCGUCGGCCCUUCAAACAACUGCCAAUCAAUCCCAACAAUCCAAUCAGCCUCAGCAGCAACAGCCUAAUCCCCCUCAACCUCAAUCCCAAACUGCUGUUACCGAGAGCUUUACUAUGACUGGAUAUUCCGAAGACGGUGGCUAUUUCAGUCCCAGUUUGCAGGACGAAGUUUUUCAACAAGUCACUGCUGUUCCUGAUUCAGUACUGCUGCAAGCUAGUCAGCUUGAUUCUAUUCAGUUUCAGGCAUCAAGCCUCCUGCAAGACCAGUCUCCCGACCAGCUCCAGGACAUAACCCUCGAGGAUCGUUUCACCUCGCAACACACAGUCAAUCCAGACCUCCAGGCAUUGGUCAACUCUCCACUUCCGGACUCUCUCGCAGAGUUCAGCACUUAUGGAACUCAAUACACGGAAAGUCCGCACACCCUUUCCACCCAAUCUCCACUCCCGUCCCCCCUGACAAGACACGAUAGUCCAAGUUUCACAUACCCAACGCCUCCAGCGAGCCAAGAAGGCCUGCUAACCGGGACCCUGCCCCUGCUUAGUCCCCAGGAGGAUCCUGAGGCUGUUCGUCCAGUGUCAUCACCAUUAAGUGCAGCAUUCUAUACAACUACAUUGUCUUCAGCAGCCGCAGUUGAAGAAGCUCUGAACGCUGUCCUCCCCGAAGAGACCGAAGGUGAUACAGACUUGUAUGGCUCAGGAUCGCCAAACCCAAAUUCACCCCUACCAAGUCCCCUCUCUGCAACACCGGCACCCUCGCCACUAUCAUCCCUACCCCCUUCAUCAGUCUCAUCCCCAGGACCGACUGCGUUCUCCACUCCAGGCUUCCCGGUCUCCCCGCAUAACGCCCUUCAAAAUCAAAUGAUGCCAAACUCCGAGGAUCCCUUAUUAUCCUCAACGCCCAAGGACUUUGCAGCAAAUCGACGUAAAUUCGAAUUUCAAUCGUACAAAUUGAUAACAAGCCAGAAUUUUGUUGACUUCGGAUUGGGUAAUGGCAGCCUCGCUGGUAUUGUAGUCGAUAAUAAUGGUGAAUACAAGCUAAUACAAACAACCGGUCUCCAGAAGACAAAUGUCCUCGUCCAGAGUAGUGCUCUGAAUCCGGGAUUAACAUUCAGAAAGGAAAUACACCUAGCCUCACCACAGAUAAAGCCCAAUAUCGUCAACAUAUCGACACAGGGCAUUAGUCUACAAGGCCAGCAUUAUCACAAUCAGAUACAUCAGCAAGCAAUUAAUCCAGCUAAAUUCUUGAUACAAACGACAAACACGCUGAAGGCACCAUUCAAGCACAAGAUCAAUCUACCGAUUCCAGUUGAGCAGAUUAAAGAGGAACUGUUAGAUGAGGAUAUUUUUUUGAAUCCCAGUAAUGUUUCAAGUCCACUCAGGCAGAGUAGGAAAAGGCCGAGAAUCGAGGGUACAUUGACGUCACAUCCAUCCCGACUGAGACGAGCUUGCGAUCGUCACUGGGACAGCAGUUAUACACCACCACCUAUACUGGAUCCAUCAAGAUUAGGCCCUGGGCUUUAUGCGAGAUUGCAUCACAAUGAGAGAGAAUCCGAGUUCAGUUCUGAUGAUUCACAGGGAAAUGAUGGACCACCACCGAGGAUAAAUAUUGGAACACGGUAUCAGGCGUCCAUUCCACCGAUGGGAUGCUGCGAAACUGAGAGAGGACGAGGUGGUAAAGAGACAGAUCAUUUGCUCUGGGAUCCUGGCAUUGUUGAUGGGCUCAGUAAUAAUGAAGUUGACAUGUAUCUCCAGUUUGCUUGUUGCGCUAGUGUACCUGGCGGUGGAAGAAACAAAGAGUAUGCACUCCAUUUACUCCAUAUGUGCAAAGGCAAUAUCAGGGAAGCUAUGUUGAAGCUCAUGAGGCCUACGCCAAUACUGCCAUCGCAGCACCCACUUUUGAGUUAUGAGUGCAGGGAUUCGGAUCGUUGGACAUCACAAGAAAUGACGACUUUCUAUCAGGGCUUGAUGGAAUACAACAAGGAUUUCAAUAGUAUAGCGAGAGAUGUCAAUACUAAAACAGCUAAACAGUGCGCACAGUUCUAUUAUCUGUGGAAGAAACUAUGUCCGGAUGAGUAUAAGAGAGUCAGGGCGAGGCAUGGCCGGCCAAAGAUUAAGUGCGAACGUCGAGAUUUAGGAAGGGAUAGCAAGGAUACUAAGGAACUCAGGGAUGCUAUUGCCUCAGUCACUGAAAUGGAUUUCAGUGAGGAGAAAUCUAUUUUACAUAGAACGCUGUUGCAAACAAACGAGAGGGAGUCCUCCGCGACCUUGACCACCAGUGAAGGGGAACUAAGGCUGUUUGCCUACGACUGCCCUGAUAGCUUUAGCGGAAGUGUAACAGUAACGAUGGCCGGAAGCAACAUUGUCGCCAAUAAAGGCCAUGCAACAGUCAACACCAACUCACAAACUCACAUUAGUUCUGAGCAACAACUACCCGUGCCCACCCCACUACACUACCCCUGCAAGAUUUGCGGGAAAGUUUUCAACAAAGUGAAAAGCAGAAGUGCCCACAUGAAAUCCCAUCGGCCAAUACCCUCGCUCGAUUCAACGGGGCCGGAAUCUAAAAAAUUGAACAAUCAUCAGCAAAAACAAUCACACAGUCAAGAUCAAUCAAAUUCAUCAAGUUUGGUGUCACAUGGACACGACUAUCGACAGAAAAUAUCAACGACCAGUGAUAUUGUUAAUCCAAAUGCCAACAAUAUUUGGCACAAUCCAACCAGAUUACGACCCCCAUAGAACACUCAAAUGCGCGCACUUGAGGUACCCUAACGAAUGCUACAACUUCUAAUAUACGGCAUCGUGGAUUUACAACAGAAUUGUUUUCACCGGAGUUUUCAUCAUGAAAAAUUCUUUCUGCUCACUGACUUUGAGAGAAUACUCGUCUCCUUAUUAGGACCUUGAAGUGCAUGCGCUAUGGAGUUUCCACCAACGGUCUAAGGAAAUAAUCAUGAUUAUUAAUAAAUUAUAAAACGUGAAUUAAUGAGGAUAAUGAAUGAUCCCGUGAGGUAACCAGGGUAUCGAUAACGCGAUGAAUAAACAUAUUCGACAUAUGCAACGAGUCAUUGUUGGAAAAAUUAUGAAAUCGAAUAAUUGACAAUCCUUCGUGAAUAGAAGAGAAAAUAAAACAAAAUGAAUGAUAAUCAUAAGAUUAUUAAGUCCAUGGUACUAUUUGUUAAUCUAAAGGUGCAUGCAAACAAAUUAAAAGCGUCAAAUUAUUCAUCGUCCGAUUGAUCGCUCGAUGAAGAGAAAAUUUUGACAGCAAAUUACUUUCAUCAUAAUCUUGCUGUAAAUAUUGAAAAUCAAUUGACGAAUAAUUUAACUAUAGAAUCAAAUUUGAAUCAAAUAAUUCUCCAGUUUAUAUUUCGUGCGAUGAUGAUAAUAAUUAUUAACGUUUUUGAGAAUUCUUUGCGUACACAGAAAAUCAUAAUGAAAUCAAAUGUUCUAGGAAAAAUUCAUUGAAUGAUAGAUUUGUACAUAAAUAUAACAAAAUUAAUGUACAUAAUAUUAUGAAUGUCUGAGUGUACAAUGGGAAAUAGAAUCUAUGAAAAUCAUGACACAUCGUCAGGAAAUAGUUUAGCUGAAUUUUAGUGUUAUUAGUUUUUUUUAGAUAGAUGAUGUUUCAUUUUUGUCUUUGCGUUUUUCCCGUUUAUUUUCUUGCAUCUUUUACACGGUUCUACGUGGCGAGCCUCUUGCAACAACAAUCUCGAUUAUGGUUUUUGUAUUUAAUGGUAACUGACGUUGUUUGAUUAUGUUAUCAAGAAAUGCACAAUUUGAUAUUUUCAAAUUGGUUUAGCUAACUUGACUGAGGACGUCACAAUCAGAUAUGAUAGAAUGACUAGGGAUAUGAAUUUCAACGAAAGCCGAAAUGCAUAUGGAUUUUAUAUCAAGUUUCACGUUCUGAAAUUCUAAAUUGUUAUUCAAGAGAUUUGCCAAACGUAGACACAAUUCUAAUAUAUUGUUAUUAAUUGUUAAAUAACCCUUGGCUACUUCGCCUUUUAUUGUUUUAAGUAAUUAAUGAAAACGGCAUAGUUUACAUUGGAACUUUUUAACUGUAAAAAAAAACCAUUGAGGAAUCUUCCUUUUGAAAAGUUGAAGAUGACUGCUGGACACUUGAAAAAAAGUCUCCGCCUUGAUUCGUUCUUUUAAAUAGUCAAACUUUUAUCAUGUUCGAUGUGAAUAGAAUAAAUAACAUCUUUCCUUGAAGUCUAGUGCCAAUUGCUGUGAAACAUUUUCCUAUCUUGAUAGCGAAAAAAAAAUACUUCUAAGACCUUUUUCAUCUUCUUUAAUAUCUUAACAAUACACUUUUUCACAAUUUAAUGAGAUUGAAGAAAUGAAAUACUGACAUUAUUGCCUAAUACUCAUCACGAAAUAAUUUAAUUACUAAUGGGAUAAUACAUAUUUUAUUUAAUUAACAAACAGUUUACCAGCGCUGUAGAGUGGAAGGAAUCUGUGAAUUAUUUUGAUUUUUUUAUAAUAACCUCCAGUGAUAAUGAUUGGAUAUAUAAAUAAGACUUUUUAGAUUGUACAAAAUUUGUUAGUGAGUGACAAAUUUAUACUGAAUUUGAUCUUCUCGCAUGAACGUAACGAUGUGUGAAAAAAGAUCAUAACAUAUAGGAAUAAAGAUGAAAGAAAUUAGACAGACAUAUCAUUUAAGACAAUACUCUUGUUGCGGAAACUAAGUUUCUAUUAAUAAUUAUUACGACGAUACUAAAUUUAAUCGUAAAUUUCUUGUUUCUUGAAUAAACAUAAAAACAAACUAGAUUAUAUUGAAGCAAAAUGUGUUGUGACUCCAAAUGCAUAAUAGCAAUUAUAAUGUACGUCAAUUGGUACAAUAUCGAACAAAAGAAAACAUAACGCUAAAUUCAUAAAAAAUAGUUCAAAACUCAAUGGUAAAACUAUUUUCUUUCAAUAUAAAAUCAUAAGUGAAUCACUGGAGGCUGAUUAUAAUGAUCAAAAUUUUAUACUAAAGAUGAAAAAAUCUGGGAAAUAGCAAAAUUACCGAGAUACCAGUCAAAAAAGAGCAAAAGGCGACAAAUUUUGCUUGAAAUUGUACAAACGAAUCCCUCCACAUCACAGAAAGAAGACGAUGCACACAAGAAAAAUUACAUUUUUGAAUUAUCUAUAGAUAUUGGUAUUUGAAAUGAGAAGAGGAAUGAGUCAGAUGAUUCUCACAAAUAUGUUUUCACAGGAAAUUCUUUUCCUAUGAAUUAUUCAGAAUAAUAUUGUACGCAAAUAUGUUCAGAGUGACGAAGGAUUUCAUAUAUGGAUGACUGAAUUUAUCAGUCAAAAUCCUUCUCAGAUGAGAUUUCAACUCCGUUCUACGUCGCAAGUUAAAGCGACCAAUUUCCACCAAUAGAGCAUAUGUAUGUUGAUUACUUGAUUAUAUGAACUUAGUUGGAGGAAUAGUACUCUAAGAAUUACGUGGGAAAUAUCUGUUCAAUACCUAUUUGAGUUACCCAUAGAACAAUAUAUUUUAUUUCCUCUCAUCUCACUUCUCCGUUUCAAUACUGAAAUUUCUAUAGACUUAAUAACAAAAUAUAUAUAUAAAACAAAUUGAUAUGUGAUGUAAUUAAAUGGUAUGUGGUAAUAUGGUAUUAUGUAUUUGUACAUAGGCGGACCCGUGCCAUCAACUAGUGAGUUGUACCGAUAUUGUACCGCCACUGAACCAAAAACCUGAACAAACUAAAGAUAAAGAAAUAUUUAACUUAUUAAGCCCAUGCGUCUUCUAUAGUGUAUUCUUAAGUAGAUUGAAUUAUUUAUUUGAUUAUUUAUUGUGAAUUGAUACAUUACCUAAUGAUCCUUAUUUAUUCGUUACCCUUGAAUAACACAAUACGCUAAUUAGGCAAAGUAUAUUGGUACAACUCGAUAAAGGAAGUGUAGCGUGGUUUAAUACACCUGAGGAAUGUGCUCAAAAUACUGUAUUUAAACAAAGAGAGAAAAAAAAGAAAAAAAAACCUUGGAAAAAAAGAGAAAAAAAUCAUCGAAGUUUUAACGCAACAUUUUACUCUAAAAAACACGAAGAAAAUAAAACAAAACAAGAAAAUAAUUACAGAUUAUAAGUAAUUUGUAAUCAAUUUCAAAUCUCUUAAUCUAAUUAUUCUAUACUUUGAAUGUCUAUUGCUAUAUACCAGUAUGGUUCUCACUCUAUCUCUAUUAGAUGUUAAAAAUUAUUCUAUACAAAUCUUCUACAAUUAAAAAGCAAUACAAUAUAUUGUUGAUAGAAAUUUUUUCUGUCAGAAAAGAACUGGACCAGCUGUACCAAUGAAUAAUGUUGUAAAAGUACUUGAUUUAUCCUACACAAAACAUAAUUCGAUCUUCCUCACUCAGUACUGCAAUCAAUAAUGAUAGAGAAAAUUUGAAAUAGCGAAUACCAAUUACAUCACUUGCAUCAACUCAAUUACCGUUUUCUCCUCUAUUAUACCACUUUAGUAAUUAUAUGCUCAACUAGUUUUAUUCGUAUAGACUAUUUAUAAAAAAUAUUAUUAUUCUACAAACCACGAUUAGACUAUUUAUCUAAUGGUAGUACUCUUUAAUCAAAUUGGAAUCAUCAUCUUGCUCAAUCAAAAAUGAUAACUCAAGAGAAUCAUAAAUCUUACUCAAUACUCGAUCGCUCAAAAAUGCUAGAAACUCAAACGCACGAGUAUCAAUCAUUAUUGUUGAUUUUAAUGUUGAAAAUAAACUCCCUAUUUUUAAUCGAUUUCGAAUACAGCUGGUCUCCUCUCACGUUCUUUAAACGUACCUCGAUUAUGCAUUACAGUAAUAAUUUCAUUGACUUCCAAACUUUACACUAAUCACACUCAACUCUGCAUUAGGCACUUGAAAAAUACUAUUUAUUGAUAAAGAAAAUGGGCAAAGUCGAAAAACUGGACGUAUUUUCAUUUAAUCUAAUGGAUGUUUCAAUAAUUUAUUCAUCAAAUUUUGCGAAUAAAUGCAACUGUAAUGCAUAAUGUAACUGAAUCCGUUCAGUCAAUAUUUUCCAACGCAAUGUGGUAUAAAUAAUUGCCAAAAUAAAUUUUUAAAAACAAUAAUUAUAUAGAUAAACAAAGUUGGACUUGGAAAAAAUAUGAAAAGUAAUAAAUGAAAAUGGCCAAAGAGAUACUUAAUAAGCCUAUCUGGCCUCAAGGAUAACUCUGAGCCUAACCGGUAAUACAGUAAAUGGAAGAAUGUAUUAUCUUUUAAAACCAAAACGGCUUAAUGAUGAAGGCAACGAGCGUCCGUACGUCAGUAUUAUUUUGAAGCUCUAUAACAUGUGAAUUUUAGCAGAAGAGAAGAGUAUAAAAAAGUCAUUUUUAGAUCGUGAACACGCCGUAUUGCAUAUAAGUACGUACCGUUUAAUUUAAUAUACAUAUACGACAUGCUAAAAAUCUGAACAUUAUACAUUGUACACAUAUAAAUAUUAUGAUAUAAUAUAUUGACAUCAUAGUUUUACGGUCUAACUGUCUGACGAGUGGAUAAUUGUUUCUGUGUGCAAAUGAGAGUGAUUAAAAAAUAAUACAAACAAAGAAAACACCUCUUGCUACUUAACUAAUGUAUUUCUAGAUGUCAUAUUCGUUGAACGUUGAAAAACAAAAUUAUGAUUAAAUCAACUUGGAUAACCGGACGUCCCAGAAUCACACAGCCACGAUAAAAGUAAUGAAAAAUACUGGUAGAAAUUCAACUAAAUGAACAAAUGAAAGAGAAAUAUUUUUAAGACUCUUGGCUGAGACACUCCCAUUAUGAUAAUAUACCGAUGAAAAUUCCAGAGAAAAAGAGUAGACAAAAACGGUUUAUCUGGCCUGUUGCCUACUAUGACGUACCUCUUGUGUCUGAGUAAAAAAUGAAGAAGAUAAAAACCGAAUAAAGGAUUCAACAAAAUUUACCCCCUGGGAGGUUGAAAAAUUUGCAUCAUUUGAUAUCUGGAUAAUUGACAAGAGAGUACACAUGACGAGUCUAGCAGAGAAAUCGAAAUAACCACAAUAAAAAAGAUUUUCAAUAAUGAGAGUCCACACUCACGUUUACAAAUGGGAAAAUCUUAUGGAUAAACCGUCGUUUACGAAUGAUUAUUAUUAAGAAUCAACGAUAGAAUAUAUAAGAAAUGAAGAAGUCAUAUAUUAUAUAUUAAUACUGCAUUGCAUAAAUAAUAUAAAUGUAAUGAUGACAUAACUAUUUUCUUCUAUGGAUAUAUUGUGUGAGUGGCAUAAUGAUGCGUGUUAUUUUCAGUCGAAAUAAAUCAAGUAUAAAGAUAAAUUGAAAAAACUUAAUAUACGUUGGAACUUAACUGUGCCAAUGAUCGGUGUCUGCACGUGAUCGCCUUUUUCUACUCAGCUUGAAUGUAAAUAUUUUGAAAGAAGUGAAAAUGAUCGAGUGGAAAUAACUGAUGAAAGAGUAUUACUGCAUUCAAUAAAUUCAUCAAAUGUUCAUCAUUACCAUGAACAAACGUGUUAUUCUGAUUGUCAGUGUUCCUCAAGCAUUCUGUUGUCUCUACAGCGUGAGAAAAUACACAAUGAGAAAAAUAAGGUAAAAAUUGGGAGAAAAAUGAUAUAAUGUGUAAUAAGCCAAGUGCCUUGUGUUCUGGUAAAUUUACUCACUAAUCGUUGAACUUUUAAACUAUGUAUAAACGUAAAAAAUGUAGAGAAAUGUGUGAGAAAGAAAGACAGCACAAAUUGAAAAUACUACCACCUGAUUUUUCUCUCAUUAAAUUUCUUAGCAAUUUGUUUAUGUUAUUGAUAAAUUCUGUGCCAAAUGACUCUUCACUGAAUUUUCACUGCCCAGAUGCAGACUUUUAUAAAUCUUUUAAAAAGCGCGAGGUAUCUGAUGCACAAGUCGUCAUAAUUUUUUGAAUUCUUUUCUAUUUCAUGAAUUAGCGUUUUUUCGUUUUACAUCAUGCUAUGGAAUUGGUUAUCAUUGUGAUAAAGAAAAAAAAACGAUGAAUCACGUCAGUUUCAUUUUUUUCGAUACUCUCACAGCUGUAUAUCUCGGACAUUGUGAAACUCUACCUAUCGGUAUCUAAGAGGAAUUGAUGUACAUAUAUAGAAAAUAGGAAUUAGUUCAAUUGUCAUAUAACGAGAGUUCUUUUCUAGAUAAACUGGAAAAUGCGAAGAAAAGAUAAAUUCGCUGUUUUUUGGGUUUUUUUGUCAUUUAUUGGAGAAUUCAUGUUUGCACAAACUGAGACUGAUUGAUUUUACAUAAAUUCAACAUUAAUGUUAUUUUUAUUCACUCGUGUAAUUUCAAAACAAAAGAAAAAUACAAGUUCAUAUUUACCAUGGAAAAUGCUUAAUUCAAGCUCGUACAACACUCACAGUUUACAUUUUCACGCACAAUACGGUCUAUUGAUUAGUUCUGUGCCAAAAGAACAUCAAGAAAGGGCGAAUUUCUUUACUAAUUAAUAUGGAUAAAUUUUAAUGAGAGAAAGAGAGAAGAGCAAUGCAAAAAAAUGCAACGUAGAGAAUGUGAUGCUCACUAAACGAAGUAGGUGAAUCACUAAACGGAAAGUCCCCAGAAUUCCAUGAGAUUCAAGGAAAACGCAGUACGCAUCAACUAUGCAAUAACGAAGAGGAGAACAAUUAUAUAAUGAACGAAUGAGAAAGAAAAUAGUUUAAAUCCUUGAUGGUCUUCAAUCUUUCUUUCCUGCUUUACAUUAUUUAUAUUAUUUGCUUACUGACUAUUAACGAUUCUUUCAGUAGUUGAUCACCUAUUAACAAAUCAUGUUGUCAUGUCUAGACAACUGCAGUAAUCAAGUGAAUUUUCAAUUCUUUUUCCUGCAUCUGCAUCGAAUGAAUUAAAAUUUAUUAGCAAUAAUCAAAUGAUAAAAAAGGAUUGUCUUUAGAAAAUGAUUUCUCUCGAGGCUUCGAUAGUAUCGAUAAUCUAUAACGAAUAAAAACAUUGUCUAACAAAAUAGUUGUAAUACACUGUGUGUAACCGGAUUAAAUUCUCUAACAUAACAGAUUAAAGUGAAAACUGGCUGAAACUCUGAAUAAAAAUAACGAAAAUAUAUGCGGAUAACGCAUAAAAGCAAUGAUUAGGUGCGUGAGAAUCUGUCAUCCUUGUGCUUAAACAGUUGGAGUUUGUAUGAAAGUUGAAAAUGUAUGGAUGAAUGAUAACUUAAUCGCAACCAUUGACUAAUAAGAAAAUCAAUGAAUUGAGAGUCAUUGAAAUUUUAAAUAAACAAGGAAAUGUCAUUUUAGAGGUAACUUAGGGCUGGAUAAUAUUUUCUUACGACAAAACUACACCCAUUUUAUGUACAUUCCUUCCUAAACCUGUGAAUAUUGAAUGUUUAAAGCAAAAGGUAUAAAUAUUUUUGUGUAACAAUAAAUAUACUUUGUAAUCGACAACUAAUAGCUCAUUAUUGAUAUUGGAAAAACAUGGAAAACAUGAAUCAAAUUAAAAAAAUUUACUGAUAAGUAUGAAUUUAGUGAUAGUCGUGUAACGUCGAUGUUAAUUGUUCAGUGUUAUGCCAAAGUGAAACAAAAACCGAAAUCAAAGAUCCAUUUAAUUGAAUAAAUGUGUGCAGUGCGUUGAUUCUAUGCUUUUAAAAAAAAUAAAAAUAUAAAUGAAUUCGAGUCAACACUACACACACGAUAAAGUAUCAAAAUCCAGCCCUAAUUAGUUUUAAAGAAUGUAUGCAUUAUUAGAAGUGAAAUAAACAUUCUCUCUUUCUCUCGAGUGCUCCACUAAUAAAUAUAUGAUGAACAUUCAUUGUUAAAAAAAGAUCGGACAUAUCAAAGAGCAAAAUGUGAAAAAUGGAAUUUUACACCAAUGUUUUGAGCUCAAUUUUUUUAAUCAUUCUGAAUUAACGCUGUCAAUGGUUCGAUUUCGUUGACUCCUAAAUCAAUAAUGAAAAUUAAAAAGAAACUGAACCACAUCGAGCCGCUGAAAGAAACAUAAUUUCAAUGGCGAUCGUUCACUGUCCAAAUACUUUUUAUAACAAGGAAGAUGAAAAAGUUUGAAUGUGUAUAUAAAGUGAAAUUCAUUUCAUAGGAUGAAUCCAUUUCAUGAAAUUAUUUACGUAAUGACAGAAAUAAAUAACUAAAAAAUCAAAAAAUCGUGAAAAUGUCAAAAUUGAGCCAAUUUAAAAAGUUCAAAAAUGUCCCGAAUACUCCGAAUACUCCGAUAAUUCAAACUUUUUACUGAGUUUGGAUACAUCCUAAUAAAAACUACUAAACUACAUGAUCUAGAGGAAAGAUGAGUGAUUAGUGAUGUAGAUACGUACAACAUAUAGAUGAGAAUCAUUAUUAUUAUAAAACCUGAAAGAAUCUAACAUCCACUGAAUGGAUAGGUGUAGUCGGUGCGAAAGAAGGGUGAAGACAUGGUAAAUGAUGAAUUCUCUAAUUCUUCUUCUGGACUGCCCUGAAUUUUCUGACAAAUUCCAUCCCCUUCCACCCUUUCAAAUAAAUGUAAAAACACAAAUUACAAAAAUAAAAUUGAUAUAACGUACUUACCACGAUUUAUAUCAAUUGAUAAUAUAUUUAUGACAAGUGAUUGAUUGUGAGUCAUUUAAAUAAUUGUUAUAUGUAUUUUCUAUAUAUUACAGUAAAUAAACUAAUACACAUAAUAUAUAUAUAUAUAUAUUUAAAAACAAAAAUGACAUUAUGUCGAUAUUGAGUGUAGUGUUACUCGUCGAUAAGUAUGAAAAUAUUAAGAGAGUGAGAUUGAGAGGCUACAAUAGCAUGAACGGUUUUAAUCUUUCUCCAUUAAAAUAAUUGACACUUCGUCAGCUGGACGAGUUGAAAAACAAAAAUAGUUUAGAAACCAGAUAAACCCGAGAGAUGUUCAUGUAAAAGCGUUGCUGCGAGCAAAAGUUUCGAAAUAAAAAAGCAAAAACAAUUACCGAAAUCAAACACAGAGGCAGAUGAUCAGUGAAAAAUGGCGCUAGUGAAACAAGAUUUUAAAAGAGUAGACACUAGUAUUGUAUUUUCUCACUCCCACUGAGAAGUGAAUGUUCAACGCUAUACACCUUACUUGAAUGAAUAAUAAGAGGAAAAAAUAUGAGUGGAAAGAAAAAUGAACGAUGACCUAUAUAUAAAAGUUUAUAAAUAUAUAAAUAAAUAUAUUAUAUUAUCAUAUAAAAACAAAAAGUCACUGUAUAAUUGUAACGAAAAAAUUGUUUUUCAAACGAUGUGGUAUUUUUAUUGUAGAUAUUAUUGCAUACGAAUAAAUGAUUCAUUGUACGAUGAUUUAAAACAAAAAAAAUUAGUGAUGGUCAACAUUUUUCGGUUUUUCAUUUAAGAAAAACGGACAAACUUCAUCUUUUCAAUUUUCUCAUGUAUAUUUUUAUUUCAGGUUAUUGUUUUAAAAACAGUGAUUGCCCACAGCCGGUGAAUAUGCAUGUACAAUAAAAAUAUAUAUUUUCAUUCUUCUCAAUAAUAAUUAAAUAUGCCAUAGUCGUUUUUAGCUUUUCCAUUUUGACAGAACAUUUUUCUCAACGUUCCCAUUAGCCAUCUGUAUAUUAGCUUUGGGCAAAAUUUGGGCUUUAUUUAUUCAAGGUACAGUCUUGAUUGUAAGAAAUCUCGUUCCCUUGAUCUAUAACUACGUAUCAUAAUAUGUCGAGACGACCAUUAAGGAACAAUUAGAUAAUUUUAUUCUCUCUCCCUUCGCUGCCCACAUCACACUUGCCUUAACAGAAUUUGGCGCUCAUGGUACAACGAGACAGGAAUUACGGAAUGUUCUGAGUCCUCUGAAUGAAACCAGUUCAGCUGUCCCAGAACGCAUAGAAAGAAAGGUCAAUAAGUUAAUAAAGCAGUUUGAGGUACGUAUAAUCCGUGGAGCAUUGAUUCUGGAAAUCUGGAAAACCUCAUUCACUAGCAAGAUAAUGAAACCAACAAUAUGAGAACUCUCGGAUGGAACUCUGCAAAAUUACGUAGACGAAAAAUAAUUUGGUCUUGAGCAUAAAACAUGUAUUAAUUAAAACUAGAUAAUUCUGAUAAAUCUCGGAUUGAUAUCGUUACUUUAAUCUGUCAAAUGAAAAUAAAUACAUUAAUCAAUGCGUUAAAAUAUAAUUUUCACUACUAUAUGGGAAGAGAAGGGCUAAAGCAGAGCGUGCAACUGACAUUCUCUGCUUUUUUAUUCGUGAACAAAGGGACAACUGGGAUCAUUUCAUUUUUCUCAUAUAUACUUUUAUUUUAGAUGUUUUUUUUUUCAAAAAAAUAAUCUCCAACAAGAGGCGAAUACAUAUGUGCGUUAAAAAACAUAUAUUUCUCUUUUUCUCAACGUUAAUUAUAUAUCCCCUAAUCGCUUUUAGUUUUCUGCAGGCUGAACUACUGCUUGCAAAUGUUUUUACUGAUGGUGGAAUCUGACGUAGAUUCAGUAUAAAUAAAUAUUUGGUAUUUUUCUGGCCGCAAUGUUCGCACGCAGAUCUCAUCUCAGAGAUUAAUUACUAAUGUUAAGUGACAGUUCCAAUAAUCACUAAUAAAAUAAGAGAUUUGAAAAUAGAUGCAAAACAGCUAGCAUUAAUUUGUAUCUUUGAAUUUUUAUUUCCCCGAAUUGUUUGUUUUUUUCUCAAUUUGAUGAGAAUAUCAUCGGUGAACUCUCCCGAUCGACAGAAGCUUUCCUUCUUGAAUAACAUUAGAUUAUAACGCUCUUUCUGCGAUUGGGACCGAUCCUCUAGUUGCUGUAUUACAAGAAUUGUAAAUGUUACCACAUAUUAAUAGACGGUUUGAAUGUACGAUGAUUUAAAAGCAAAAAAACUUGAUGAUUAUCACUUAUUGAUUUUACACUUGCAAAGAUAAACAAAUCGAAUAGUUUGAUUUUCUCCAUACAUACUUUUAAUGCAGACAUUUUUUUUCAAAAAAAAUAUA